AUGGGUAUGGAUGCCAUAGAAAGUGGUCUCAACUGUGAAAAGACUUGGACCGAGUUUUUCAGCUGUAGCUUCCCCGAGAGCCCUGAGAGGGCAGAGAGAUUGCUUCGACUUUCACUCCGCAUUCCUGGGUCAAAAAUACAGCUGGACGAAGUGGAUAAGAUGGCAAGGUUAGAAGAGAUGACCAGGCAGCAAUAUGGACCUGGCGGACCGGAUCAUUCUCAGAUCGCCCGAAUUUCUGCGAAACUAGUUGCGUCAGUCUUCUACUUUGAUCUAGAAGCUAGACUUGGGGAACAUAUCACAGGAUUCGUUAAAUGCCGGUUUUGUCAGGAUCGAACUUAUGAUGGUCCGUUGGCACAACUGGCUCGGGGACUACGGAAGCUCAGACCCAGUGCGCGGCGGUUUCUAGUCUAUCCAAACGCCUUGUCUCCUCAGUGGCAGACGGUAGAAAUACCGGACACGAUGCUGGAAGGAGUUCUAUUAGAGGACCUCUCAUUUGAGAUCAGAGUGACAUUUGAUGUCCCCGACCAAGCCAUGACGAGUAGGAUAUGUCUACUGUUAGACCUCGAUCCCCCAACGGCAGAGACAAUAAGUGGCUUCCCCAGAGUCAUUCAGAACAAGGAAGCCACCCAAUCUCAGCCUCGACCGUCUCAUAUUCUUAGCCUAGCGAGCUAUCGCAGCUUUGCAAACAGAUCAGAAGCAGUAGGCUCGAUGCCUUCAUACAGGCCCUCUCCUGAUGUCUCACACAGCUUUCCUGCUUCGCCCAACAGCCUGGCUGGGUCUGAGACAGGCAGAAUUCUUGCUUCACCUUCACCAACAACCUCUGAUUGGAUCUCCAAUCAACGACUACUGGCCGAGGGAUAUUUUAAUAAUUCGUCCUCGCUGCCAAACAAUGAGAUGGAUGGACCGACUGUGCCAGCGGCCUACAGCGCACCAUCCCUAGCAUCCCUACCAACAGGCUACCAUUCGAAAAUGGUUAAAGGCCCAUCAGGAUCUUCGACACCCAUGUCUUAUCCUGGAAUGUCGUCUUCAGGUGGUCCGACAGGCCGGGGAAUAAAGCCUGGCUUCGAGGAGACGAGCAAAUUAAGCAAGUUUUCCAAGAUGCUUGAUGAGUAUUCGGGGGGCCUUCGGAGAAAGAAGCCUCAGAUGUGA